AUGAGGGUUGGUGGCGGAUGGUCCCCCUGUCUUCGAGCCCUGGGUGGACAAAGGGGCUUCCAGAAAGAGAGGAAGAGGAUGGCCAGUGGGAAUGGGCUCUCUUCAUCCUCGGCCCUGGUGGCCAAGCGUCCCUCCGCCCUGGGCCCAUUCCCCAGAUACAUCUGGAUCCACCAGGACACACCCCAAGACAGCCUAGACAAGACUUGCCAUGAAAUCUGGAAGAGAGUUCAAGGCCUGCCCGAGGCCUUGCAGCCCAGGACCUCCACGGAGCAGCUCUCUGUCUCCAUGGCUGGGACUCUAAGAGACCACGGAUUCAGCUUCCAAGAAGAGGCCCUGGAGCUCCGCAGUGGCAAAGAUGAGAUCUCCCUGCUAGUAGAGCAGGAGUUCCUGAGCCUCACCAAAGAGCACCUCAUCCUGGUCAAAGAGAGCUCAGGGGAGCUGGAGGUGCCUAUUGGCCGCUCUCCUGAAGGGACCAAAAAGCUGGCUCCCUGCAUUCUUGCACCUUCCCUGGUGACCGGCAGUAGUGAGCGCCCCAGAGCCUCCUUCAGUGCUGGCGACAAGCUUCUGGAGCAGAAGGUGGCCAUGCCUGUUAUCGGCAGCCGGCAGGACUGCGAUUCUGCCAUGUCUACAGUCACAGGGAUCCUGCGUGCUGCCAAGGUCAAGAGGGCCAAGGGGACAGAGGACAGGGGCCACAGCCUGAGUGCCUCCAACUUGGAGAUCAGCAAGCUCCUGGCCCAGUUCCCGCUGAAGUCCACGGAAGCGUCUAAGGCCCCUGACAACAAGAUGGUGCUGGAGGAGACAAAAGCCAUCAAGGACUUCCUGCAGAAUAGCAUGUUCAGUGGCCCUGGGCCCAAGGAGCCCACAGGGCUGGGCCCCUUCCUACUGCCGCCGCCCCUGCCGCCUCCUGCAGCCCCUGACAAGCUCCCUGAGCUCUCUGCUCAGAAGAGGCAACUCCCCGUGUUUGCCAAGAUCUGCUCCAAGCCUGAAGCUGACCCUGCCGUGGAGGGGCACAACUUGACGGAACGGAAUCCUGGCACCAAGGAGCCAACCAAGGGUCGAGAGAGCCUCUUUCUCAGCCAGUGGCCCCAGAGCCAGAAGGACACCUGUGGGGAGGAGGGUUGCAGUGACCCAGUGGGCACCAUGUCCGUGACCCUGCCCACCAAGAAGCCAGCAUGGCCGGCUGAGAAGAAUCUGCUCUGUGAGUUCUUUGGGGCCACGAAGAAUCCAAGCGGGCAGCCGAAGCUUCGCAGCAAAGCAGAAGUGGAUGGGCUGGAGCUGAAAGUUAACCCACCUGUGACCGCUGUUGACAAGAAUAACCCCAAGUACACAGGGAACGUUUUCACCCCACGCUUUGCCACAGCCUUGACCUCAGCAACCCUGAACCAGCCCCUCUGGCUCAACAUGAACUAUCCACCUCCUCCGGUGUUCCCAAAUCCCUCCAACUUCCCGCAGUAUCAGGGCGUGUACCCGCCACGGGCAGCGGCAAGGAUGCCCUAUCAGCAGCCUGUGCACCCCCCGAUGGGGUGUUACUCCCGACAGGUGACGCCGUAUAACCCACAGCAGAUGGGACAGCAGAUUUUCCGCUCUUCCUACACCCCCCUGCUAAGCUACAUCCCCUUCGUCCAGCCCAACUAUCCGUACCCUCAGAGGACACCCCCAAAGAUGUCUGCCAAUCCCCGAGACCCUUCCCCCAUGGCAGGGGACGGGCCGCAGUACCUCUUCCCGCCGGCCUAUGGGUUUGGCUCGACGUCUGGUGGGCCUGUGAUGAACAGCCCCUAUUUUUCCUCCAGUGGGAACGGCAUAAAUUUUUAG